AUGGCUCCCUUCGUGACCUUGGUCCUGUUUGGGCUGCUCUCGCUGUCUGGCUUGGACGCCGUCCAGCGUCCUCCGAAGGUUCAGGUUUACUCAUGACACCCCGCAGAUAAUGGAAAACCAAAUUACCUGAACUGCUAUGUGUCUGGGUUCCAUCCACCCCAGAUUGAGAUUGAUUUGCUGAAGAAUGGGGAGAAGAUGGAAGUGCAGCAGUCAGACCUGUCUUUCAGCAAGGACUGGUCUUUCUACCUUCUGGUCCACACUGCGUUCACUCCCAACAGAGUGGAUCAGUAUAGUUGCCGCAUGAAACACGUUACUCUCAGAGAGCCCAAGAUAGUUAAGUGGGAUCGAGACCACUAACCAGCAUCAUGGAGGUCUGAAGAUGCCUCAUUUGGAUUGGACUAAUUCCACAUUCUGUUGUCUUGGUUUUUAUUUUUUAAUUUUCUUUUUUUUAAAAUUUAUUUUAUUGAAGUAUAGUUGAUUUAUAAUGUGUUAAUUUCUGCCGUACAGCAAAGUGAUUCAGUUAUUGUUGUCUUGCUUUUGAAUGCUGAUAUGUUUUUAUGCUUUAUGCAUAUAAAUCAGAAGUUGUAUUGAUGUUACCGCAAAUAUCAUUUUCUUUAUAAUUCUAUCUAGGGCGCUACGUCUCCAUGUUUGACCUGUCUUGGCAGGUAGCUGUAGUGGGGGCUCUGGCAGCCUAGGGGUGGGGAAGACGGAAUUUCAGGUUUAACAUCAACAUCUUGGUCAAAUCUGAACUCUUCAGUCUCUUCUGCAUACAAAACUGGAUAAUAAGAUAGUAUGCAUGUUUAGAGUAAACCUCCAAUUUGUCAUUUUUCUUAGAAUUUUGGAAAAAUUUUGAAAGAUAAUUUUCAGAAUUAUGGAAAUUUAUUAUAGUGGAUAAAACAUU